CGCGUCCAAUUGGCCAAGCGGAGCGGUUAACGCAGCGUUUCUUACGAGGAUCUCUCAACACCUCGAGCUACAAACAUGAUACUCCUCGCAGUGCUCGGCCUGAUCUUGGGCACUCUGGUGGCCCUGGUGGGCGUGGCGCUCAAGCUGCUGGGCCUGAAGCCGCCACUGAUCUUCGACAAGUACCCACUGAAGGGCAUCUUCUACCGCGUCAAGUUCUGGAUCGCCUUGCUGGUGCUGCGGCGCCUGCGUUACCGCAUCUAUCGCCGCAACGAGGAGCUGCUCGGCUCCGCGGAGCACCUGGCCAAAGUGGACAGACCGCAGCAGCUCGGCAACGAUCCCAAGAGCUACGACGUGGUCAGCUUCAUGGCGGCCAACAAGGAGGGCCACAAACUGAUGGUUACCCUGGAGCGGAGGCGGCGCGGCGUCCUGAAGGCGGCACUGUACCUGUGGCUGCCCGAGAUCGGGCUGCUUAGUUCGCCCAAUCUGCCCGACAUGGUGUACUUCACCACCGAAGAUGGAGCCGAGAGCAGCGAGUUCCAGGGCGGCGGCUUCCACGUCUACCAGGAGGCAUCCAUGCGGGUGUGGCGCAUUAAGUACUGCGGCGCUCUGAAAACCCAGGGGCCGGAGGUGCAGGACAUACCCGUGGACCUGGACCUGCGCUUCGAGAGCUCCUCCGCCGAGCACUUCGACUACAACCGGGACCUGAGCAGCGCCCUGAUAGCCGACUCCAUCGCCAGGGAGGCGUGGAACGAGAAGUUCUACAGCCUGCUGCGGAGCGUCAACCACAUCGUGGAGCAGCGCACCCACUACGAGCAGAACGGCGAGCUGGCGGGCAAGGUCACCCUCGCUGGUCGGGGGGAAGUGCCCCUCCAAAUGGUCGGCUUCCGGGACCACGGCUUCGGCACCGAGCGCUGCCUGAGCUCCAUCAACCGGUACGUGUACUUCGCCCUCUUCAUGGACGACGGCAGCAGCAUGGUGGUGGGCAGCCUCAGCCAGCCCUCCUUCUUCCUCUCCUCCCUGAAGGUGGGCUACGUCUGCAGCCCCUCGGGCCGCUACCAGCCGCUGACCGGGAGCAACUUCGAGCUGUACUCGUACGGCGAGAAGGGCACGCCGCCGCAGCACCAGAACUUCAUCGUGCGCACCGAGGAGCGCGAGUAUCUCGUGCAGAUCCAGGUGGAGGCCUCCGCCCUGCGCUACGUGGGCGGCGACUGGGAGUCGAAGGUGUUCAACCAGUUCGUGGCCUGCACGGUCAACGGCGUUUCCGGCCAGGGCCACGCCGAGUUCCUGUAUCGCCACAAGGGCGGCCGGCCGGAGGACGUAGCCGCCGCGGAUCCCAGCUGGUACCAGGACAUCAAGCGCUUCGAGAGGAGCCUGUCGUUGCUGGAGGAGGAGGCGGGGGCGGACGGGGACUUCAUCUUCUAGCAGUCCGCGGACUCAGUUUUGUCAUUUUUGUUUUCAGUUUAAGAUAGCAUGUACACAAUAAAGCAUCUGAAGUGCCUGGCCAGUUCCA